AUGGUGACGGACGUCUUCCUCUCGGCGCUCUUAUUCUGUAUGGCUAUUGGUGUUUUGGUGACAAUUCAUGUUUGCUUAGCAUCCAGGACGGGGGCUUUUGACAAUAAUGCAAACGCUAUGGUCGUUCAAAGGAGUAACAGCAGAAGACCGAACAUGUCUUUAGAUGACAUCAAGAAACUCCCUUCUUUUGAUUAUAAAGUGGAGGAGGAGGUGGAGAGGGGAAAGAGUAGUAAUCAAAUGGAAUGUGCUGUUUGUUUGGAGAGCUUCAAGGUGGGGGAAAUGUGCAGGUUGCUGCCUAAUUGCCAACACAGUUACCAUGCUCACUGUAUCGAUUCAUGGUUGUCGAAAACAGCUGUUUGUCCAGUUUGUCGAAGUGAUGCAAGUUUAGUGAACACUGGGGAGCAGAGUAGAAAUUCAGGAGAAGCCGGAGUUGACUCGGCAUAG